AUGAUUAAACGUGCAACAUCACCAUUCAAGAAGUCUCACAGUAGACAAACAUCUACAGAUGAAAGAUUAGCUGGCGGCCAACACUCUAGAACGUUUUCCGGUGGAAGUGGACAUAUAGGGUCACCUAGUAGACAGACAAGUAUAGGAGCUAGUCAUCCACCGAUCUCGGGAUCAAACCAGACACAUAAGAGAACUACGUCCAGAUCUUCGAACUCUUCGCAAACUUCUAAUUUCUUAGCCGAACAAUACGAUAGAGAUAGACGAGGUAUUAUCAGUUAUUGUUUCUCGAAGCCAGAUCACAAGACCAAUUCACCACCAAACAAUUAUAUUACCCAUGUUAGAAUUAUUGAAGACGCCAAAUAUCCAUCUUCGAGGCCAGCAGCUGAUUCAAAAUUAGAAAAUAAGAAAAAAAGGGUUUUGAUUCUUAGUGCGAAAGCAAAUAAUCAAAAUGCUAUUCAAUUGCAUAAGGCUCGUGAGAAUUCAGACGGGUCGUUCCAAGUAGGUAGAACAUGGGAUCUAAAAGAAUUGCUUAGAAUUGAGUGUGAUCAAACAAUUCUGGAAGGGUUUCUAAUGACCAUGGGGAAGAAAUAUUAUUGGGAAACAAAUAGUGCAAAGGAAAGAACUGUUUUCAUUAAGUCCUUAGUUAAAAUAUACAUGCAAAUAUAUGAUGGUCGGGUUCCAGAAUUGAUAGAUUGGGAUUUAUCCUUGUUCUAUCUCGACGAACGUAGUUACUCUAGAGCAGUUAUCACAAGAGAAUCCUCUUCUCAACCAACAUCACCUUCAAUUGGUAAAUCACAAGGAAACAAUAAUGCAUUUGUCUCGCAACAGACGAAUAUGAACAUGCAAGAAAAAAUAUCCCAUAGUUCGGAUAAUGAUAGAUUGAUCCAACAGCAGAGGGAGCAAGAAUUGAAACAGAAACAACUGAAUGAUCUAGAAUUACAAAAACAGAAAUUACAACAGAGACAGUUAUAUGAUCAGGAAGUACAGAGACAGAAAUUAGAACAACAACAACGAGAUAAUGUGUCGGAAUCAAUGAACUUCCAGCGUAGGUCCGGGGUUGAAAGUGCUCGAAAAAGCCCGUCCAGAAACAGCUUGACAAAAGCCCCAUAUACCACGUCCACUACCCUCAAUAGGUUAAGUAAUACCUUUCAUGAUGAACAAUUAAGUUUACAUGCAGAUUCUGACGAUUUUCAAACACCAAGACAUGAUACAUACAAUUCGCAAUCACCCGUAAAAACAGCACCAGAUCUAAACUACAGCAAUGUCCCAGAUAGAUCAUCUCAUUCACCUAUACAUACCACUGAUCCAUAUUCGAAUAAUUCUGCAGGCUAUUCAGACAAAGAAACUAAUGGAUAUGCGGAUUCUGACCCACAAUUACAACCAAGGUCUAGAAAUAGACCUAUUUCAAGAUCACCACAAAGAAAUGUAUACCAAGAGAGACCGCGGAGUGCCGUAGAUUUGUAUUCGCCAUCUAAUAUCCACAGAAAUAGUAUGGCUGAGGUAGAAGAUGUAAAUUUUGCAGAACAAGGUAAAAGAUUGGCUAAUGUGCAGGCAUUAGACGAAGAUUAUGAAGACAUGAAACCUAUAAGUUUCGAUGAUAUAAAUCAAAAGGACCUCAAUGAUUCUCAAACAAGGUACAAUGCCGAGCAGGAAGCCACUGAUUUAGACGACCAAAUUUUGCAAGAAGAACCACUUGAUUUGAACCAAAGGAACAACGGCAAUACCACUGAAAGUAAUGAAUAUACCGGAGGACAUGAUAUAUCAGAUAACGAAGACCUAAAUACCUCACUCAAUGAGGAACCUCUCAACGAAACGGGCGAUUUAUCUUUCGAAAAUGGUGACGAGAUUCGUUAUAGUCAACACCUCGAACCGCAAUCAACACAUGUUUACCAUGAAGUGACUACUAUUCAAGAAGAAGGUCAAAAAAUUUUACCCCAAAUGAAUGAAGACGAAGAAAUAUCUACAGAACCAGAUAAAUCGAGCACUGAGUUAGUUGAAAUUAAUGACGAAGCUCUGUUAGAGACAUUGACAGAUAUCAAUUGGAGCUCUGACGACGAUGCAAAUAAACUAUUGGAGCGGAUUGACCUACAAUUAGCAGAAAUUGAACACAAAUUCAAUUCAAAUAUUUUAGCUCUAGAAGAUGCUGGAUCAGAACUUAAAGUUUAUGAGGAUAAUGUGGAUAUGGAAUGUGACAGAAUGAAUCCAACCUUUGCAUUAUUCUUAAUGGAGAUGAAUACAUUUGCAGACGAUAUUGACUUUGUUGAAAGUAGACAAAAUGGUCUACAAAUUGAGAGUGCUAAUAAAAAGCUUUUAUGGAAUACUUUGUCGGAUCUACUAAAUACAGUAUCUCUGGAUGAAGAUACAUUAAAAGAACUAUUAAAGUGCCCUAUCAGAGAGAAAACAUUACCAUGGAUGGAAGUACAAUUAGGUUCUCUAUCGAAGGCUGUUAGAGCCAUCAGAGGUCAAUCCACGAAUGAUGAAUAUAGUUUAAAGGAUAUGGAAGCUUUGAAAAAAAGACGUCAAUAUUAUGAAAAGGUCACUGAGCUAUUUUUAGAGAGAGUGGUGGCUGAGAUGGGUACGAUGUUCGCAUACAUUAAGAGUAACGGAACUACUAAGGACCAAUUGAUUAGUAUUCUACACCGUUUGCUUACCUUUUCGAGCUUGAUCAUUUUUUGUAAGGAAAUUUCAAACGAUUCAUAUAAAACUAUUAUCGAACAAUGGAAUGAAAAUGUCCAAUCAGUAUAUACUGAAAUGUGGGAUAGAAUAAUAAAGAAACAGCAAAAACAAUUUGCCAACAACAAAAACAUCCUACAGGGUAUUGCAAAUCAACCUGGUGAGGAGAAGUUACUAGAACAAUGGAAAUCAUUCAAACAGACAAAAAGAGUCACUUCUGAUGGUAGCCUAUAUGCAGAUUCAUUAUCAGGCAUCAUCGACAUUCUAGAUUUAAUAGAGCACCAAUGUGUUGUUUACCAAACUUUUAUCGAUAACUUUUUCCAUAUUUCUUCUAAUGAGUCUUAUGUUGAUUUUGUCAAGAGAUUCAAGGAUCCAACGUCAAGAAUUAUUGACUUAGACAAAGUUAACAGAAUGGAUUCUGAUAGAGAAUCCGCACUUAUAAAAUCUCAGUUAGUCUCGAGGGUUUUUAACCCUGUUGUGACACAACUAAUUUCAUAUUUUGUGGAAACCAUGAAAUCGAAUCAAUCAAUAGCUCCUUCAAUCAUGCUAAUACUAGAACAAAAAUUGGGGACCCUGGAAUCUACAGACCAAGAAUUCCUAAGUGAUACAUUUACCAGAAUUUUCACUCAGCUGAAACAACUGUGGUCUGGAUUCAUGGAAGAUGAGCUGUUAUAUGUCGAAAGAAUUGCAACAGAUACAACAAACAAAUCUGUGUUCCCAACAGUCGUUGGUCUUCCAAUAUUUAUCAAAAAUACUCAUGAUUCUUUAAUGUACACGCAAAGUAAGAUCAAUGCGGAGGACAUGAGUAAGUAUGAGGUACCAAAGCUAGUUACAGAGUCAUUUAACUCGUUAUGUGUUUCCAUUGUAGGCUUUCUAUCUGAUCAGGUGGAUGAGAAGGUUGUAUCAGGAAAACAAAAGAGUGCACUAUCAACAGACCAAUUGGCACACUCAAUUACCCUUCUACAGAAUACAAAUUGGCUAAUUGAACUUCUAACCAUGUUAAACGGGCCAUUAAAAGGUACAUUUGAUCAGCCAAUCCAAGAAAGCAAGAAAAUCUUUGAUGUUGAGAAGGAUGUAUAUGCAAACUUUUUGCUACAAGAAGCAAUUCCAAAAUUAACAUCUUUUGUUCGCGGGGCCAUGAAUGUCGUAGAGACAAGUCCAAACCAGGCCACAAGCCCAGCCAUAUGGGGUGCAUAUAGUAAAAGUAACCUACAAAAUAUAUUAACAUCUUACAACUCAAAAGAGAUCAGUGUGUUGGCUACCAAACUUCAUAAAUGGUUAUUGAAACACUUCUCCUCCGGACAACCUGAUAUUCUGAGAGACAAUCUUUGUGACAAGUUGUGGUCGUGCCUGCAAGGCCAAACCGUGUCUCUGUACCUGAGAUUAUACACUAUAAUAGAUAAAUAUUACAAGGGUACACAUGUUAAAUUCACAAAGAAUGAUAUUAUCACCGCAUUUGAAUUGUUCAAAGAAGCACCAUGA